GGCGCGUGUCACGCGCACAGAGCUGCGCUCAUUCACAGCAGCAUUUGCAGUUGAUCUUUUAUUGGACAUUUUAACUUUCCUUGGACUUAUUUUGCGAUAUAUUAACUUCAUGUGUUAGUGGAGAUCUGAUUUGGUCUGGCCUUUUGAGGUCACCAUGGCAUCAGAGAGGACCUCGGAAGACCCAUGCGUGGAGCGUGGUUCAAUCCCACUGGACAUAGAUGAUGUCCAUAUACUGCUUCAAGUGGAGCAGGAACAGAUUCAGAAGAGAACCUUUACCAACUGGGUAAAUGCGCAGUUAUCAAAGAGGAGGCCUCCUGUGGCCGUGCAGGACCUGUUUAGCGAUUUCAGAGAUGGAUCCAGACUGCUGGAUCUGCUGGAGGUGAUGUGCAGCCAGAUGAUGAGUCGAGAGAAAGUCAAGGGGGUGUUCCAGCACAGGGCGAACAUAGAGAAAGCCCUGGCCUUCCUCAAAGCGAAAUCAAUCAAACUGGUCAACAUAAAUGUUCCUGAUAUCAUGGACGGGAAACCCUCGAUUAUCCUGGGGCUGAUCUGGACCAUCAUCAUGCACUUUCAUAUUGAGGAGUUGGCGAGCACGCUGUCCUUUAGCUCUCGCCAGUCGUCUCUGGAGUCACUGGCCAGUCUGGACACACGUUCUACGAGCAGCAGUGCACGCAGCAGCCCGGUUCCACCACAUGGCUCUCCGCUACACACACGCUUCAGGAUCUCUGCUAAAAAAGCCCUCCUGCUCUGGGUCAGAGAGCAGUGCCACAAAGCUGGCUGUACUCUGAAUGUGAAGGACUUUAAGGCAAGUUGGAGAAGCGGUGUGGUGUUUUUGGCCAUCCUCUCCGCUCUGAGGCCUGAUGUGGUGAACUUAUCUGCAGCCAAAACCAGAAGCAACAGACAGAACCUGGAGGAGGCGUUCCGGAUUGCAGAGAGAGAAUUACAUAUACCACGAUUACUGGAUCCAGCAGAUGUUGAUGUAAGAGAACCAGAUGAGAAGUCCAUAAUGACGUAUGUGGCUCAGUUUCUACAGUACUCCAAAGACACACCUUCUUCCGAAGAGGACAUGCAGGUUCAGUAUCUCACUCCUACGAAAUGCAUCUCUCCUGUGAAUCUGCCCUGUAACUUCACUCCUGCUGUUGCAGCAUCUCCACUUCGACAGAGCUCAGCUACACAGAAAGCCCAGGAGGUGACAUGUUGGCUGGAGCAGGCCUAUCAGGAGCUACUGGAAGGAUGGGAGUCCACUGAGGGCGAGAGCUACGCUGAGAGAUAUCAUGUUUUUCAGACUUUUGUGGUGUCCUUUAAUGAGCAGCGUCGGCCUGUGAUGCCGUUGCUGACAGCGAUGAAGAGGACUGUAAAGCUGAGCGAGGAGCAGCGUGCUCUCAGACAUGCCUGGGAUUCCCUAGCUGAGAGGCUUCGUGAGUAUAAGACAGAGCUUGACCUGAGUCUGCCAACUCCGCUGGACACGGUGGGCCGCUGGUUACUGAGGGUUGAGGAGGCCUUGGCAGACAGUGGUGAUGAUCGUCAGGACCAUACACAAGCUGCCCAGGAGGCUCAUGAGAAACAUGAACUGUUUAAGUCAUGUCUUGAGGAGAUGCCUCGGCACAUGAAGACUUUCCAGAUAUUUCAGAAUAUGGAUGAAUAUGGAGAAGUGGUGGUUCCUACAGACAAACUGGAUGAGAUAAAGAGAAGGUUCACUAGUGUGCGUGUCAGUGCUAAGUAUCAUGGCAUUAGAAUGGACUACCAGGAACACAGACACACAGUGCUAGAUCUGCUGGAUCAGCUUACCCUCAAGCUACGCACUUGGAAAAGAGGCUACAUUUCCCGGGAGGCUGUGCGGGUCCUGAUGAAGGACUGGAAUGAGACCAUCAACAAGCAGGGACUGCCUUCAAAGCUGGAAGGGACUCUAUUCAAGCUCAGACACAUUGCUAACAAAUACACCAGCAAGUCUGCUUUGGCGGGUGACUCAAACCGCAUAAGUAUUCAGAUGAAGGAUAUGGAGGCCAAGACUGCAGCAGUACUCGAGGAGGUAAAGAUGGUGAAAGGUACUUUAGCACGCACUUUGGCAGCAUGGGAGUCGUACUGCGACACUUACAGCUUGCUGCACGCCUGGUUGGAGCAGGGGACUCAAACAAACAGACAUGGACAGCGGGCUGAAGUGACUAUAGAGAUGAUGUCCGAGUGGAGCUCGCGCAGGGAGUGCCUGAACGAAGUCGGGAACUACCUGAUGGAUGUCACAGAUCCACAGACCAGCCGCUCUGUUUCUGAUGACCUCUGCAGGAUUAACCUGAUGUGGGCUGACUUUGUUAUAAGUACCCAGUUUGAACUUGUCGAAGAGCAAACUGUUGCUCCACCUAAUCCUCAGACUCUUCAGGGUUUGAUAAGAGAGGCCACGCAACUUCUGAAAGAACCAGUGGAGGUUCUAUCAGUAUCACUUCAAACAUACAUGAAGAGACUACAGUUUGUGAUGAAGAAAAUACAGAAUAUCGAUCUGGAUUCUCUCUCUAUGUCACUUGAGUGCUCAGCUGAAACAGUAAACAAACUCAAGCAAGCCACUCCAGAGGUCCUGCAGACUCUCUGUGAGGCAACGCAAGUGUGUGAAGAGUUGCAACAAAGCGUAACAAGUCUAGAUGGACGUCUGGCCGAGCUUAUACACUGGGAGGUUGAUGUCAGAGAGUUUUAUGACCUUCUAAAAGAAAAAUCAAACAGACACCAAAAGGAGCAGGACUCUAAGACCCGGGCACUGAUUUCUAGAGGUCUGCAGCUGGAAGGUCAGGUGGUAAUGGAGGAACAGGAUUUGCAGGAGAUGGUUAUGUCACGUCAGAAGAACUCACCUCUGCAGUACCUCAUUGUCUUAAAUAUGCAGGACAGGGUUCGUGCCACUGUCGCUCAAUCACAGGAAGCUGUGGGGAUGCUCAGCUCCUUGGGCGCUCGAAGAGAGAGAAGCCCUACAGGAUGUCAGCCUCCACAGAAGCUCUUUGUCCAAGAACAGGAGUUUUCAAAAGGUCAAGUACAACCACAACCAGUGCCUAUGAUUGUUGUGCAGGAAUACCAAGAGGAGCGGAGUCACAUAAAGGCAGAUGCAGACCCCCAGAUAAGGAAAGCAUUAGUGGAAGACUCUCCACUUCUGAGUAAACAUGAACCACAUGUUUCUCCUGAAGAUAAGUCACGGGGUAAUCUGGCAGAUGUUGUUGAACUAGGGUUACCAAGAAGACAGUAUACGAAUGAUACCAAAGAGACCAUGGAAACUCAGCCCCAUCAUUUUGAUAUGAAAGAAACAACAGAUAAAAGUCAGGAAUUAUCCACAACAGAACAACCUCUGACUGUGCAACAGGACCCAACACAAUCACAUAUGCAAGUGGACACUCAGCAACAGACUCAGGGGCAGCAGCAAAUGGUGCAAAUACAGAAACAAUGUACAAGCCAAAAGCAGACUUCAUUCCAAUCAGCGAAGGUAAAAAAGUCUCAGAAACAUGCAGCGAAUAGGCCUUGGCUACAGAAGAAGGGCCAGACAGAGGUUUUAGACUCUGAACAAGUACCGCCACAGUCAAAGUCUAUUGCCACUGUUGUGUCUCAACCGCCAGUAUCUGCAACAGACCCAGUCCAGGCACAGGCCAAAGUGACUUUAAUCCAGCAACAGCAGUCUAUCACAGUUUCUACUAGCACUGCAUCUCAAGCUCAGGUUUCUGCAACAGACACUCAAGCUCAAGCCAGUAACAUUACACAGACACAAGACAAAGAGGUUAAUGUCCAGCAACAAAAGCCUUUGAGGAUCAUUGCUAGUUCUGCAAACGUUGUAUCUACAACAGACCCAGUUCAGUCUGAAUCCAAAAGUGUUAUACAGACACAAUUCCAAGUGACUCAAGCACAGCAACAGCAGUCUGCUAUGCAAGUGACACAAACCAAAAUGGAUCAGGUCCAGAAACAGCAGCCUGUAACACAAGUUAAACUGAGUUAUGUAGACCAACAACCCCCUGUCUCCCAAAUGCUAGCAAAAGAACAAAUGCCAGCUCCUGUGAUUUCACAAAAACAGCCUCCGUCUUCGAUUAUCCAGCAACAUCCGCAUCCCUUCACAGCCACCAUAUUUUCUCAGCCAGAAACAAAGCGAUCAGAGAUGCAACCACAAUUUAUGACUCAAAUACAAAGGCCAGUCUUGGCUCAGACUCAAACCCCAAUUGUCUCUCACACUUACCAGUAUCUACCAGAUAAGAGAGAAGAAAGUCAAACAUCGAGACACUAUCCCACAACACCAGUUCAACCUUAUGCAAUAAAUCAAAGGCAGCCACACCCAGUUGCAGCCCAGUCUCCACCCUAUUCUGCACCCCAGUCUUCACCCCUGCAAACAGUACCUCACAAUCAAUCUCAAGUUGUUAGUAUAUUAGCAACCCAUUCCAAAAGUAAAGCUCCUAUUCAACCACGAAUAAUCAGUAUGCCUCAGAGUCAACCACAAUUUUAUAAGCCACCUCAGUCGCAACCUCAAGUUAUGGGCAUGGGCAUGGGUCAAACUCAUGACAACAUCCAGCAACCCCAGUGGAGAGCAGUCACAGCUGACAUAGUGACACAAAGUUAUUAUCAGCCACUUCACCAGGGUUUCAAUCCAUCCCAUGUGCCACCCCAGGCACAAUUUCAGAGUCACCCACAGGCCCAUGAUGUCACAGCAACCCAGUCUCAGCAAUGGACACCAUUAAAAGGAGGUCUUUUAACACAGAAUUAUCCCAAUAUCCAGGGUUUAGGCCAUGUGGCUUAUCCUCAGUCUCAAGGUUACUCCAGUCCCCAGCAACAAAGUCAGCAUUGGGGUCAGUUUAGAUGUGAACCACCAGUGCAGUCUUAUUCACAAACAAGCCCUCAAAGUCCAUUUCAGUCAUUUGUUUCAUCACAGCACUGUCAACCAGUCAGACAGUCUAACGUGGCCAGCCACAGUUACCCAAGGGUUCAGUUGUCUGAAUACCAACAAGUACAGCAUCAAGUCACUCUAAGACCACAGAGCCUUUCUCAAGAAUGGCCUAAGCCACCAGAAUCACAAUCCCAAAUUCAGUUUCUGGAAAUGGCUCCUCACCAAAUAUCCCACCCACCUUGGGUCCAACCACCAUCCCAAGCACCAUUAAUCAGUCUUGCUUCACAGCAACCCCAAACUCAACAACAGCAGUGGCCACAAUUUAAACCUGAGGUUCCAUUUCAAGUUCAGUUUCAAAACCAAACUUUGCCACAGCCUCAGCUCCAGGUUUUGCAAAAGCCACAGUCAAGAGAGCAGGAGCAACCCCAACAUCAGUCAGUUGGUCAGUUCAAUCCUCCAGCCCUGGUUCCAACAAAACCCCAAGAACCUGCUCAACCCCCACUACAACCCCUAACUCAAAAUCUGCAGUGGCCACAAAAGAAGUUUGAGGGUCUAGUUCAGAUUCAGAGCCAAACUUCUCAGACACAGUCUCAGGUAAAAGUUUUAAAAGAGCCUCAGUCACCAGCAGGAGCAACCCCAAAAGCAUUUAGUUGCUCAGGUCAAACCUUCAGCCCUGGUUCCAAAACCCAAGAACCAGCUCAACCCCCAACUCAAAAUGUGUAUUGGCCACAAAACAGGUUUGGGGGUCUAGUUCAUGUUCAGAUUCAGAGCCAAACAUCUCAGACACAGUCUCAGGUAAAAGUUUUAGAUGAGCCUCCGUCACCAGUGCAGGAGCAACCCCUACAGCAUUUAGUUGCUCAGGUCAAAUCUUCAGCUCAGGACCAGGCUUCUCCUCAGGUCUAUUCAGAAGGCUACACAAAAGCACAGGUACUGGCAAGGAACAAGUUUGAGGAUGCUAAGCACAGCCUUCAACAGCAGAUUCUAGAGACUAUCAACAUUUUCAAGGGCAAGAUAACUAAGGAGUCAUUGGAUGUUAAGCUUCUCAAUGAAUUCCUGGGAGCUGUACAAGCGAUGGAGGCUUUCUGCACCCCAUCUGAGUUGCGAGACAUUAAACUAUUUGCUCAGUCUGUCAGAACUCAGUGGGAGGCCUGCUUCUCUUAUGAGAGCAAUUUAGUUUCAGCUGAACAGCAGCUGGAGGCCCUAAAGCAACUGUGUGAGACAUUCAAUCCAGAAGAUGGCAACAGGCAGGCACAGGCUAAGCUCCGGGAAUGCGAAACAGCACUCGCUGCCAUCCCACCUCAGUCCAGCAUAGAUCAUGAUGUGACCCUGACAAACUCUGGUGUGCUUAUAGAGCAGAAGAAAGAGACAUCAUCGCAAAAAAUAUCCUUUCCUGAGAAACCUGUGGAAAUCACCACUGAGACUUUACCUGUCACAGCUCAAAGGCCAAAAACCGUGGAGAAAAAAGAAAUACUAAAGCAGAUAAGCAUGGAGGAGGACAGGUACAGAAGUUCCAGGUUUGCCUUACAAGCUCAGCUGAAUAGGAAUGAGCAGAACAUGCUAGGUGAUCGCCCCUCAGGAUCAGCCACGGCUACAGACCUGCAAAAGUGGCUCAGAGAGUUAAAGGCCUUGCAGGAUGAGACGGAGUCUUUGUGGUCAGAGUAUGAGACGCAGUGCUCGCAAUGUUCUCAAAUCAACGAGAGAGCGGUGGAGCAGGACCGAGCUGAGCUCACAAUCAAGUGGAGGGAGCAGAGAUUACAGCUACAGAGGAGAGUCGAUUCUCUUGCCUCGGCUCUGGAGUUAAUGGAUUCUAUUGAGCACAACAUUGCAGAGAUUUCUGAACGUCUUGACAAGUUCAUCAAGGAACCCAAAGAUGUUAAAGGAUACACACUGAUCAAUGCAAACCUCCUGAAAGAUGUUAAGGACUUGGAUGAGAGUAUCGAAACGCAGAUGGACCGCCUGGCUAGGUUCGACUCGGAACCCAGCCAUCUAGACCUACGUGACCGCUCUCCCCUCACCCAGUUGGUGCUGAAGCUCCGGUCCAGCCUGGAUCGUCUCCGACAUCAAGUGCGCAAGAGCGAAGCAGCAGCUCGUGCGUUAGACCGAUUUCUGGUAUCACUGCGCACUUUGGACCAGGAUGUCUUGUUUGUGCAGUCCGUGCCCUGUGCUGACGUGACAGUGCUGCAAGACAGCAGGUCCAAAUUAGCUCUAAUCAGAAAGGGAGCAGCAAGCCUGAGUGAUAAAGCGCCACAGUUGGACCAGCUUCUUGGCGGAGCCCAGAUGAAAGUGACGCAAGAGGGAAGCUCUGUGACCUGUCUGGAUAUGGUGGUGGUUCUGGUGCGAAAGUUAGAGGAUGCUGACGAUAAGCUAAUUGUUUGUCAAGAAGAGCUUCAUACAGUGCAGCAGAGUAAAGGACUCGGGAUGAGGAAGAAGACUUUACUGGUGGAGUUGAGGAAGGUACAGGGGCUUGCAGAAAAGCAGGGUUUAAAGGAGCCCACCAUCCCUGCUGUUCAGCACAGGAUUCGUGCCUUGUCAGAUCUGGAGAUGCAGAUGAACUUGUUGCGUCCAGAGUACGAAAGUAUCAGAGAAAUUGCUUCAAUGCUUUCUACAAGCACAGAGCAGCAUGAUGAGCUGGAGACUGUUUGGGAUGCAACAGAGCGAGCUAUUGCAGAAAGGCAAGAACAGUGCAGCACUUUAAUGGAACUGCUAAAGAAGUUUCAGAGCUGUCGUGCCUUCCUCAACAUCCUUCAGAGGGCGGAGCAAACUACCAGCGAGCAAGCGUCAUACAUUAGUAAAGACAACCUCCAGCGACUCAUAUCCAGGGUUGAUGGGAUUAAAAAAGACCUAAGUGGUCUUGGGCCAAAGAUCGAGGAGUUCAGGGCUGUGUGCAGGCAGCUGCAGUCUCAACUAAUGAAACUCCCAGAAUUCUCAGAAGCUCCAUUUGAAACUGAGGCAGAUGCAUUGGUCGACUCCUGGCUGGAUCUCUCAGAGAAGACAGACACCUAUUCAGACAGCCUAUGCAUGGGGCUGGAAGUUUGGGAGAAGCAGCUUAUGCUCGGUGAAGAGGUGGAGGUUUGGGCUUCUGUUAAACUCGUUCUUUUUUCCGAGUCUCACCCCUUCAGUAGCGAGAAAGAGGUCUUCAGUAUGAAGGAUGAGAUCCAGACACAUGAACAGAGCAUCGAACAGUUUCACAGGAAGUCGUUGGAAAUCCAGGAGCUCCUGCAGGGAAAGGAGGCUCCACUGGAGCUACAGGUUAUGGAGACUGCCCUUAAGAAAAAGUUGGAGCAGGUAAAGGAGCUCUUUGACAGCUGCACUGAAGUCUUCCAAGAGCUGCUGAGCGUCCGAGCACAGCUUCUUCAGAGGAUUGACGCCUGUCAAACAGCCAUCCAGCGAAUACACUGCUCAGUGAGAAUGCUCAGUGCUGACAACAAAGAUCUGCUGCAGCAACAUCUGCAGGAUCUUUCUGAUCAGUUGCUAGAUCAAGAGGAAGAGGCUGACUCUUUGAUGAAGGAAGUCGAGCUCAUGUCCAGUGUCACUGCACCACAUGCUCUGGAGGAACCAUCCAAUAAAAGCAAGCGCCUCAAAGAUAACAUUGCAGUGACUUGGGAGCUCAUUAAUCAGAAAAAAGAACUGGGAGAGAAAAACUUUCUCGUCCAGUCAAUUAAAGCUGAAUGCCAGAAGUUUGAGGACUGGCUACAGGAUGCCCAGCUUGCUGUCAAUGAGUGUUUUGAGAACCCAGAGACGAGGGAGGAUGUGGAGGCUUCCAUGCAGAGACUUCAAGAUUUUCUUGCUUCUGAAGAAGGUGAACAGCGACUUGUCCAGGUCAAGAAGGCGUUAGAGAAGAAAGGUCAGGAGGAAGUCCCUGCUGAAACCCAGGCUGAACUUUGUGUCUGGCAACAGGAACAAGAGGGUGAGCUGACCACACUUCGAGCUCACUGCCAAGGUCGACAUAAACAGCUGGAGGACAUGCUUAUCAAGCUCAACAGCUUGCAACUAGAACAUGACUUUUUUCAAGAAUGGUUGCGGCAGAGAGAGACACUGCCAGGGCAAAGGGAAGAGCUGAGACAAGUCCAUGAGAAUUUUCUUAAGGAAAGCGGACGCAUUGAAGCAUUCAGUGAUUUGCUAGCUUCGGUAAGACUAAAAGGUUUACGAAGAGACCCUGUUCUAAGAGACGGAGAAUCCCUGGUGGACCAGUACCACAGUCUUGGAAUACGUUUGGAGAAUCAAUCUCAAAACUAUAAAUCCUUGGAGAAGGAGGUAGAAAUAUUCCAUGUUAAGGAGGAAAAGACUAAGGCAUGGUUGAAAACCCUAAAACAGAGUCUGGAAUCAUUAGACAAAGACAGUCUAACAGAGGAAAAUCUCCUAAAGAUUCAGGCUGUUUUAGAUCUACAUGUUGAGGGUGAGUCCAAGAUGACAGCUUUGGCAAUGGAUGGUGAGACCUUGUGUUCUCAUGAAGAGAUGGAGGAAAGCGUACGGCAGGACCUUAUCUGGAUCCUGAGAAAUAUAGAUGACGAGUGGAGACGAGUUCUGGAUUUGGCACAGCAGCUUAAGGCUCAGUCUGAUUUCCAACAAAAACUCUUAAAGGAACUAACAGCUCUCCAAGAGGAAGAGAAAAAUACCCGGUCAUGGAUAGAUGAACAAAUGAGAAAGCUUGACUUUCUGGAUGAAGACUCUUCAAUACAGGAAAGACAUAACACACUACAGGAAGUCCUGAGUCUGAAAGAUGAAGGCGAUUCAAAAUUGAUAACUCUCAGAAAAAAGGGAGAGAGCAUAUACACUCACGAUGAGAGAAAGAAACGGAGCAUUGAACAAAGCCAUAAAGAGUUAGAGGUGGAGUGGUUAAGAGUUCUGCACACUGCGCAGGAGAUGACCAACCAGAUCAACCGAAGAAUCUCUCUCCAAAGAAUUAGAGAGCUUUCAAGAUCAGCUAGAAAACACACAAGCCUGGAUUGGAAAGCUAAAGUGAUCCUGCAGUCCAUAGAUAAAGAAUGUCCAGCUGAGGAGAUAGUUACCCAAGCUCAGAUUGUAUUGGCCCAUGGUCCAGAGGGCGAUUCAAAACUAGCUGCUGUUAAGCACACAGUUGAGACUUUGUGUAUUCGUGAGAGGUUUAAAGAAGACAGAAGGCGGUCCAUCCAGCAAACACAGAGAGCCUUAGAGCAAGAGUGGAGAGAAGUGCUUGAUUUUGCACAAAUUCUGAGGAACGAAGCAGAAACCCGGGUCGCUCUUGACAAGGAGCUUCGGGAUUUUAAUUCACAAGAAGAAUUAUUUCGAACCUGGCUCAAAGAGCUGCAGGAAAAACUUGAAUCACUGGACAGAAAUGCUCCUCCACAGGAAAUACUUGUUAUAUCACAGACCAUCCUGAACUUACAACCAGAAGCAGAGCUGAAAAUAUCUGCUUUAAAAGAUAAAGGAGAGAAUCUGUGCAAAAAGCUGGAUGAAAGCAGAAGGGAAUUCAUCCAGCAGACACUUAAAGAUGUUCAGGAGAGACUGAGAAUGUUGAUGGAAAUUGCCCAUGAGUGCCAAAAUCAGGCUCAGGUCCAGGAUUCUCUCUCCAGAGACCUUCAAAAUUUCCAUGUUGAGGAAAAAAACAUAAAAUCCUGGGUUGAAGAGUUAAAGCAAGACUUGGUUUCAGUGGGCAAAAGCACUCAUGGGACCCAAGAGCAAAUAGAGGAAAGGCUCAAAAAAACUCAAGCUGUUCUGACCCUUCGAGUUGAAGGAAACGGCAAGAUGUCUUCCCUUAAAAGAAAAACGGAGAGCCUGUGUGGCCGGGAAGAUCUCGAUGUACAAACCAGACGCGCGUUGGUGCAAGACCUCAAGUCGUUAGAGGAAGAAUGGAAAGUAGUUCUCCAGAAUGCUCAAGAGCUAUACAGUCUUUUGAAGAACGUGGUGGAACGCCUGGUUUCGUGUCAGUGCCAAAGACAGCAAACCCAGUGUCGUGUGGAGCAGCUGAAGGAGCAGGCGGCUGCACUGCCCCGCCACUUUCCCUGGCCAGGGUUAGGGGACCGCAGACAUGCAGUAGAACAGGCAAUGGCUUUUCUGGACAAGGCAAGGUCUCUGAGUCCCACCCUGUCUGCUCUCAGAGCCCUGGGCCGUGAGAUGAGUCAGCUCACACGGGACCCAAGCUGGACAGAUCCUUCUUGGGCAGCCAUGGAGGAGUGUAUCUCGGGGUUAAUUAAAGACUUAAUGGAAUUCUGUAAGAACCUAGAGGAGGGCAUUGACACUGAAAGAAACUGCAUUCAGCUGGUGGAGCAGCACAAUGCUGCUCAGGACUGGCUGAGGGAGCAAGUCAAAGGUUUUGUAACUCUGCCUAAUGAUCGUCAUGGGUUACAGGAGUCUAUUAGCACUUUAAAGGCUCUUCUUCAGACAGUGGAGCGGGAGGAGAGAGAGAUGAAAGAGCUAGACAGGGCUAAAGAUGCUCUGAUUAACUUGUGCACUCCAGGGGGUCGUGAUGCCCUGACUUUAGAAACCGGCCACCUCCAUGACCUUUGUGCCGCCUCCAAGAUGGAAAUAAAGGAGAGGCUCAUUGUGUGUGAGACUAGAUUGGCUAGCAUUGAAUUGAAGAUCAGCGAAAGAGCAGAUCAUCUCAGAGCCCAGGCUGAGUGCAUUCUGAAUGAUCUCCGAGCACAGGAAUGUCAAGGAUUUGGUGAAGAAUACAAGAAUCACAGCCAACUACAGGAAAACUGGAAUAUCCUGAAGUCCUGCAAGAAGGAGCUUGAUGAAUUAGAGGGACGAGUUCGUGAUCUAAGCCAGGCUAUGCAUAUGGUUCCCUCUGAGGAGGAUCUUCCUUCUAAUAUAGUUUCUCUUAUUGACACUGUCGCCCAGCAGUACUGCAGAUUGCAGUCCAAGCUGUCUGACAGACAGAACGAGUGUGCUAAUUGCACAGUUCAGUGUAUGAGAGAGGCUCUGCAGGCCUUGCGUUCCUGGACUCACUCAACCCACACACAACCUCUUAUUGACUCGGCUUAUACCAUUCAGGAGAUGAUAGAGAAUGGUGCAGUGCUGCAUAAGAACCUCCAGGAGGCACUCUCACAUAAGCAGCUGCUAAUGGAUUGUCUGGGUCACGAACUUAACGACAAGCUGGAGAGAGACGGCUCAAAUGCAUUAAAGGAUGCAGAUACACUCAUUGUUCAACUUCGGCAGAGGCUGCAGGAUAUUGAGGAAGAGCAGAUCGAAACUAAAGCCCAUAUGUUGUCACUGGAAACACAAACCAGUCAUUCAGUCUCAGAGCAGGUUUCCUGUGAAUGGCCCAGCACACUCAACACUACAACAAAGGUUGUGCAUGAUUGGUCAGAGCCUCAAGAUAUUUCCUCUGCUCCACUGACCAGUGGCUCAGUGGUUAAGCCCAUUGAAAUGGAAAUGGACAGAGAUGCAAUGUCAGUUAUCGAAGAUACCCUCAAAACUAUCAUGCCAGUUGUUCUUAUAUCUGAUAAUCAGGCAGAUGACACUCUGACUACUCCUAAACGUAAAUCAGGAGUCAGUAAGGAGAAAUCUAAUGAAUACUUGUUGACAGAAUCUCCCACUGCAGAACCCCUGCUGGUGUCUGCAGUAGAUGAAUACAGGUCUGAAAUCAGAACAGACGGUUUUCCAAACACAACAGUGACUCUGACCUCUCAACUUAAUGAACCCAUUGAUGUUGCUAAAUCUGAAAGUCUAAGAGCAGACAGUCAGUCAAUUUAUGCUGACAUUCAGGAUUUGGAAUCUGCCACAGAAAAAGCAAAACCAUCUGAAGAGUUAGAGGAAAGAGCACUUCUACUGAACAUCCCUGUUUGCACAGACAGUCUUUCUACAAAACUAAGUAUAUUUUCAGAGGAGAUCGAUUUUACCACAGUAGACUGGUCACUGACAGCACUACAUUUUGACCAAAGUAAACUUAAUACAGAUGGUUUGUCUACCACAGCUUUUGCUGUGCAGUCUGACAUAGUAGCUGAAGUUGAUGAAUCUGGCAUUGGUCUAACAAAAGAUGAAGGAAAAUUUGAAAUGGCGAUGAAGGGAAUAGAGAAGAUACAAUCUGCCUUCUGUGGAGAACUCCAUGAUGACGGGACAUCUGUGGAAGUAAAAUCUCAGGAAUCAAUUGAAAGCAACAAGAGUGCAAUAUUUGCACAAAGUCUUUACAAAGAAUCGGAUGCAGUUGAAAAAGCACAUAAGAUAGCUUCUGAUAGCUGUGAGGAUGAAAAAAUGGCAAAAAAGAAAAUAGCUGCAUUAAUUCUUGAUAGAGACACGGUACAUAUUCAUACCACCGAGGUCCCUGACUUAACUGACCGUAACGUAGGGAGCGUUGUUUCAGCUGCAGACACUGGAUUUGAUACCGUGUUUUCUCAACAAGUGGAACGGUUGGCUACAUUUGAUAAAAUGAGAAAAGAAUCUGACAGUCCGAGCUCUCUGGAUCAACAAGAACUGGAUGAUUCUGGAAAUGCUGUUGACACUAAAUCAAGUCAACUCUCUGAUGAAAAUGUUGAUUUACAAACUGAAGUACUUUCUGGGCAAACAUCUGAAAUCCACAUCGUAACCAGAAGCGCUGAACCAAAUACCACGCAUGCUGAGAGAGAAGGAACCUGGACAACAACCAAUGGUCCAACGGAGGUUCAGAGAGCGAUGGAUCCUCUUGAACACUGCACUUUGAAUAAUGGCCCUCGAGAGACCCAACGAAGAUACGUCAUACUGGAAAGACAAGAAGGACUAGAAAUAUGCCAAGAGCCAGCUGCUGAGGCAUACAUGCCAGGACUGAAUGCUGCCACAAGUAAACCUUGCGAAGUAGUAACAGAUGUUUACAAGCUUGAAAUUACAGAAACCGUUGCACGAGGAGACGGCAAGAGAAUAGAAUCGAAUGCUCUAAACGAGUCUAAAACUUUAGAGAUCAUAGAAACGUUGCCAGUUCCGCCAGCUAGAAGGAAACCAGAGCAUUUAUCCUUCAGUGCCAAAAAUGAAGAAGAGAAAAUUGUGGAUAAGGUAAUUCUGGAAGUUGAGAGCAUCCAAAAGACAACAGAGAAAGGUGAGACUAAACCAACAAAACUAAGCAGGCAAUCUAAGGAAAGUCAAAGUUUGUCAGACAGUUCAGAGGUCCAGUUUGAAGAAGAAAUGAUUCCUGUUUCACAUAGUCAACAAUGCAUAUCUGAAGAAACCCAUGCAGAGGUUAUUCCAACUCCACCCAACAGAAGACAUAAGGAAAGGUUAACAGAUGAAACCGUGUCUCUGGAUCUUGAUUUCCCAACCCCACCUGAGAGAAAACAAAAAGAGAAGCUAGAGGAUCAACAAUUUCAUCUGGAGGAGACGGGCAACACAACAGCUGUUGAGAAUCUUGUAAACCCUACUCCACCAUUGAGGCUAAAAGUAAGACAAGCUGAAAGUGAUAGCACAACAGUGGUCUCAAAAAUCCAAGAGGUUCAGGAGACUCUGGUGAAACCCACACCUCCCACAAGAAAGAGAGAUAGCAGGACUGAGACUGAAUCAGUGUCAGGAAGCAGUGAUUUGGACAAAACAAGGACAAAAGAGAUGGAUGUUGAGGAGUCUCUUGAAAAGCCAACUCCACCAGUGAGGCGCAAAUCAAGCCUAGAUGAAAGUGCUUUCAUCUCCCCAAUGCUUUCUAAACCCAAAGGUGCAAAAGAUAUACAUUUGGAACCCACACCUCCAACACAGAAGAAAGAUGUCAGCAGUGAAAGAGACAUAGAAUGUAAAGAAAUGGACGGUCGGAUUUCUAAGAGCACUGAAUUCGAGAGCACAUUCAGACAAGGAAGAGCUGUUGAGGAACUUUUUGUAAAACCAACCCCACCAGUAAGAAGAAAAGGAAGUCGAGCAAGUCAAAUUCUAGAAAUGGAGGAGACAUUGGUGAAACCCACACCUCCAACAAGAAGGAGAGAGAGUAAAAAUUUUAGUGAUGUGGCCUAUGAAGAACUAGCCAGAAAAAUGUCUGGCAGCACUGAUAUGGGGAAGAUAGUGACUCAAGAGAAAGCUCCUGUGGAGACACUUAUUAAACCGACUCCACCAGUGAGAAGGAAAGUGUCAAUUCAAAUUGAAAACGACUCCAUUUCUCUUCUUUCCAAAAUCCAAGAGGUGGUGGAGAAUGUAGUCAAACCCACACCUCUAGCAAGAAGGAGAAGUAGCAGAAAUGUGAGUGACAAUUUAUCCAGCAAGCUUUCCAGCAGCACUGAUUUGGAGAAGACAGGAGCACAGGAGUCAGAUCACACAGAGCCUCUUCCAACACCAUCUCCACCAGUAAGAUGGAAAGCAAGUCAGUUUGAAAGUACUUCAAUUUCAGAUAAGUCAAAAGCUCAAGAAAUGGAGGCUACAUUGUUGAAACCCACACCACCAAUAAGAAGGAGAAAUAGUGGAAAUAUAACAGACAUAAUGGCCAGUAGAAUUUCUUGCUGUAGUUUGGAGAAUUUGACUUUGGUGACACCCGAAAGAGCUGUUAAAGAUACUUUCGUUAAACCAACUCCACCAGUAAGAAGAAAAACAAGUCGAGCUGAAAGUGACUUCUCGUUUCUUUCCAUUAAAGACACGGAGAAAACUUUAGUGAAACCCUCGCCUCCAACAAGAAAGAGAGACAGCAGAAAUGUGAGUGAUACAGGAGCCAUCAAAAUUUCAAGCAGCACUGACUUGGAGAAUUCAGUGACACAAGAGAAAUCCCUUGAGGAGCUCCUUAUUAAACCAACUCCACCAGUGAGACGAAAAACAAGCUCAGCUGAAAGUGACUAUUCACUGGUUUCUAAAACACAAGGAAUGGAGGAGACACCUCCAACAAGAAGGCAAGAGAACAGAAAUUUGAUUGAAAUGGUCAGCAAAACAUCUAGCAGCAGCAAUUUGGAGAAAGUUCCUGAAGAGACACCUAUUAAACCAAUUGAAGGGGAAAAAAUUGAAAAUGAAAGUAAUGUUAUUUCAUUGUUUUUCAAACCCCAAGAUAUAGAUGAGACACUGGAAAAACCCACACCCCCAACGAGAAGGAGAGAUAGCAGAACUAUGAAUGACUCCAUGGCUAAAAAUAUUUCUGUCACCAGUGAUUUGGAAACACAAGCCAGAGAUGCUGAAGAAGCUCUCAUAAAACCAGCUCUGGCAGAGGAUACACCAGUGAAACUCACACCUCCGACACGCAGGAGAGCUAGCAGAAAUGUUGCUGAAAUUGUACCUAGAGAAAAAGAGGAUAAUGGCGUUUUAGAUACGACCAGGACACAAGAGAAUCCUGAUAUGGAGGUUCUUGUUAAAUCAACUACUUCAUUGGGACAAGAAAUAAACCAUGCUGAAAGUAUCACCACUUUGGUUGAUAAACUUCAAGAAACAGAGGAAACUCUGGAAAAGCCCACAUCUCCGACAUACAGAAGAGACAGCAGAAACAUGCAUGUAAUAUUACCUGAGCAGACAGAAGUUGAAUUGUCAAGUAACACUGAUUUGGCCAACACUGCAACACAAGAUCGUGCUGAUGUGGAUAUUCUAAAAUCAGUUCCUUUAAUGGGCCCCAAAGCAAGUCAAGCUGACGGUGGCAUUUCCAACGUUGAUAAAACCCAAGAUGUUACCCAAAAUGUUGCUGAUAUAGUCCCUAAAGAAAUAGAGUGUAACACUGAUCUGGACACAACCAGGACACAAGAGAACCUGGAGAUUCUUGUUAAACCGACUAUUUUGGUGGGCCAAGAAUUAAACCAAGCUGAAAGUGACUCCUCUUUUGUUGAUAAACCCCAAGAAGUAGAGGAAACACUGCCCACACCUCUGACAUGCACAAGAGAUUUUGGAAACAUAGAUGAAAUAGAACCUAAUCAAACAAAGGAUGAAUUCUCAGGUAACAUUUAUCUGGACAAGACUGCUCCUCUGGUGGAAUGCAAAGCAAGUCAAGCUGAAAUUGGCAUUUCAAUUCUUGAUGAAACCCAAGGUAUAGAGGAAACACUGAGGAAACAAGAGAUGCAAGAGAAUGCUGAUAUGGAGGACCUUGAAAAACCAAUUCUUCAAGUGGAACAAGUAGCAAACCAACCUGAAAGUGGCCUUUCUUCAGUAGUUUUUAAUUCUCAGGAGAAAUAUCAGGCAACUCUGAAACAAUCCACACCUUUGACAAGAACAGAAAGCGAAAUUAAGAGUGAUGAAUUUUCUCAAUCUGAUGUCCAUGAGGGUCUAAUUGAACCCUCACCAAGUGACCGUGAUAAUGUAGAGCAUGAAAGUAUCAAAGUAACAUCUGUUAGCACAGAGCCUGAAGAAUCUCUACCCAAACCAACUACACCGACUGACCAAAAGAAGGACACAACCAUAACCAAUCUAGAUACAAUUUCUGUUCAAGUAGAAGAGUCACCAGUCGAACCAACCAUACCGAUUAGUGAUGUAGAAAAAACACUUGAAGUUCAACCAGUGAUUAAACAAGACGAUGAACAGCCUGAGAAAAAGCUCUCCUCUGCUUUGGGAAUGGUGUCUACAGAGGACUUCACUGAACCUGAAAGCCUGAAUUUGGUUGAGGCACAAGUCCAAGAUGGAGACCAAUCAGAAAUCUCUAGUGAGGAUGCCUCAUUUGCAAAAAGUAUAGGUGUGUCAGAGGUGUUGAAAGAAAAGGAAGAAGAAGAAGAACCACUUGGUGCUACGAUGAAUAUUAUUUUUGCUGAGAUUGAAAAGAUGUCUAAGACGAGACCAAAUAGCCUGCUUAUUGAGAGCAGGCCUUAUGAUGAUCCUCUGGAUGUUCUCAACACUUCUGAUGUUGACCUUGAGACCCAGUUGCACAGAUUGGUAUUAUGCAUACUGAGUUGCCGUAACAGGCCUGCGGUGCUCAACCCUACAGACAUGGCCAAACAAGUAGAAGAGGCAGAAUUCUGCCGGCAGAGUGCUCAGAAGCAGGUUUCCUCGAUCUCAAAGCAAGAUCACGUUAAUGGUGAUGUUGCCAGUCUUGCCACUGGUUCAGCCAGUGACCCUGAGGCUAUGCAGCGACUGAGUUGCCAGUGGACAGAGGCAUUGUGGGAUGUAUCUGGCACUGUACACACCAAAGAGGCACAAUUGCAGCUGGUGAUUGACUAUGACAGACAAAUGCAGAAAGCGAAGGCCACUCUUGAGAAACUGGCAGGUGAACUGGAGUCCUUGAAAAUGUAUCCAGUCGAAAGCAGCUUUGUCGAGGAGCAGAGACUGCGCUCCUUCCUGAGGACUAUGGAACAGGAGAGGACAAUUCUGGGAGAGCUGAUUCAGACGCAUUGUAAGCUAUCACCCCACCUCAGCCAGCAUGAGAGAGCAGCAUCACAGUUGCAACAGAGCAUUUUGCAGUGCGAAUGGAAUUCGUUAGAGAGAGCCACUGAGAAAACCUUGCAUAAUGUAAGCGCUUACACUAAAGAGAGUUUUGACCUUCUAGAGGAUGUCCAUACCCUUAAAGAUCAUGUGGAGAAUUUUAACAAGAUCUUAGGAUCGCCAUGGAUUUCAUCUGCUGCUUGGAAUAGCAAGAGAGCACAAGAAAGGAUUGAACUCCGCGCUGAGCUCACAGCUGCCAAACAAAGAUAUUUUGAUCUCCAUCAAAGCUUUGAAGCUCUCUCCCAAGGAUGUAGUUUAAAUGUCGAGGUAUUUAACAUACAGCAAGGCUUAUGGAGUAUAAAAGAUCACAUGGAUCUGAUUGGUGAGGAGUUGGAUUCUUCAUUCCCCACCAGCAACAACCCAACCAUGGUCAGAAUCAUCACAGAGAUCACAGAAGCCCUAGCUUGGGCCAAGAAGACAGAGUACGACAUUCAGAGUAGGCAAAAGAAGAUUUCUCUGCUUCCAGAGGGUGUCCAUCGGCAAAUCAAAGACUGGAAGAAGCUGCAUUCGGAGAUGACGUCAAAGCAGACAGAGUUAACAAAUUUGACUGAGGAGGUUACAAAGUUGAUCCCAGAUCUUGACAAACCUGAUGUUUCUAUGGUCACCUCCUUCUUGAAACUACUGGCAAGUUUGUCAAAAUCGUCAGCAGAAAAACUAACCGCAGCUAUGGAAGAAAUACAGUUAAGUCUUCAGACUCGGGAAAAGAUUUCAGAGCAGAUAGCUCAUGUGGAGUCCUGGAUCUUGUGCCACCUCCAUAAGGAAUCUCUGAGUAGAGAGGAUUUUCAAAGCUUGAGCACAUCGGAUCUUGAUCGAAGGUUGCAUCAGAGUCAGGACACACUCCGUGAGGCAGAAAACCACUCCGGAAUUACAGAGGCUUUACUCAUGAAGAGUAAAGAUAUCGCAUCUGAACUUAGCAUCUCUGAGAAUGCAUGGCUGUAUGAGAAACUUACCAAUCUCCAGGAAGACAUAAAGGGCAUAAUCAAUUAUGAGAAAUUAUUCGUUCUGGAGAUAACAGAAAUAUUACAGAACCAGGAGUCAUCAGAACAGAAAAUAGCUUCUUUAGAGCAGAAAUUGAGGCAGAUAAAAGAUAUGAAAGAACACACCUUUCCUAUCACUAAGGAGACUCUGUCUGCCAUUGAGCCUUUUAAACGAGUGCUUAUGGAGCACAAAUUUCAGGCUGAACAAAUAAACACAUCAGCAGAAAGCAAGAGGAGAGAGCUUCUGUCUGUGAUCUCUGAGCUCCAUCAUAAACUGAAGGCUUUUCAUAUUAAAGCUCAAAUCCAUGAAAGGUUCCUCAGCCUCAAGCAGCGAGUGGAGGAUCUUCAGGAUAAUGUAGCGCUUUAUGUCCCAAAGGCUAAAAAUGAAAGCAUUGCCAAAGAGGAGCGCUAUAAAAUCUGUCAGACUCUUCUUACCCAGAUUCCACUACUCAAACUUAUGUACAAGGAAGCAUUUGAUGAACUUGCAAACAUCUCAUCAGACCUUUAUCCAUCUCAGCUAACUACAGAACAGGAGAGGCUAAAACAAAACUUUGAGAGUCUUAAUGCUUGGGAACUGGCUAUCGAAAAUAACCUUCAGAAUGUGGAAUGGCACAUUCUAAAAGACAUACAUUAUAUUUCAGAGCAAAAAGCGGUACAAGGUUUCCUCAGAGAGGUUCAGCAGGUGCUGGAAAUGACUUACGAGGUGGAAUCGAACCAGGAAGCCAUUGAAGACGAACUCAGAAAGUUUCUUAAACUUAAGAAGAAAGUUGAAGCUAGAUUGCGGGUUCUGGUGGUUUUGGAAAUAAAAAAUGGAUACCAGCAGGGCUCUCGAAACGCUAAAGACAUUGCAGAAUUGGCAAAAAGAGUUUUAGACAAGUGUGAGCAAAGACUGGUGGACUUGUCCAAAGCAAAGGAAUCAUUAAAAAACUAUUCUAGGGAAGUCAGAAAUGCCAACCAGUUCCUCCUGAGGACUGAAUCUGUUCUUCUCCCCUCUGUCUGUUCACCAAGCAGCUGUUCAGAAAGGCUGAAAGAUGUCCAACAGGCUCUAUUAACUUUAGACAAAGAAUUCCAGUCCCAUAUUGAAAAAAUUCAGACUCAUGCUUUCUCCAGUCCUUUAUUUUCUGCGCAGAAUAUAGAACAAUUACAAAUUGAGGUUUUCAGUCGCCUCUUGGUCCGAAUGUCUGCACUUAAAGCCCAGGCGCAGCUGAGACUAGAAGCUUUAGAGAGGUGUGUUAAUAAGCAAAAAAGCACACGUGUGGGCUACGAAGAGAUGUGCCGACGUAUCCGGGACGCAGAAACUACCCUAGCGGAGUGCGCCUCCAAAAAUAUCACAUCUCAGACAGAGUGCUAUAACCAGCAAGAGAAAAUUAAAACGCUGGUUAAAGAGAUCGGCACACUGCCUGGCAAACUGGAUGAGCUGAGAGAGUGGUGUCCAGUGCAGGGUUGCCAUAGCAACAGGGACAAUGCUGUAAACUCCCUGUGGGGUCAGGUGGCCAGGCUGCGACAUUGCGCAAGAGAUCUGCUCGUACACUCGGAGUGCAGGGGAGAGGAAUGGAUACGCAUCGGAACGAGUAUUGAAAAAGCAUCAGCUGUUCUGAAACAGAUGGAAACUGAGUUGCCAGACUCCAUCAUAGAAAAGGCUACUGCUGAGGAGCUUCAGGAUCUGCUGCAGUUCUUUUCACCGUACCAGGACAGACUGGACUGCGAGCAUCGAGCACUUUCCGCACUGGAACUACGAGUCGCAAGGCUACUGAGAGUCCCCUCCCACUUGGAACAAGCCCCGCCCAUUCCGCUGUGUCAGGAGCUGCAAACCAUGCAAGAGCGUUAUCACAGUCUAAAGUCCCGGAGUGCUCAGGGCUGUAAGGCUGUGCAGGCGGAGAUAAAAGAGAGGAAGAAGGUAUGUGAGGAGUUGCAGGGGAUCACGGAAUGGCUCGUCACUGCAGCAUUCGUGCUGUCAGAGCUGGAUAAAGCGCCCAAGACUGAACGUCUGCAGGAGCUACAUUCUGAACUGUGUACCCAGAAGGCUGUUCUGCAGCGCAUCAUGGAGGGUCUUAGGAUGAAAUAUUCACAAAUGUACACUCUGGUUCCUGUGGAGAUAGACGGCCCAUUACAGGAAGUCUCUCACUCCCUACAGGAAGUGGUAAAGAAGGUGGAUGUGGCCGUCCAGAAGAGUGGCCCUUUACACAGGCUAGACGCUAAACUAUCAGAGAUCAAUAUGGGUCUGGAUGCUGUGCAGAGCAGACUGAUGAAUAAAUGUCCUAAUGUUGAUGAAGCUGAGAGCACACAGAAGCGUGUGUGGGACGAGUUAAAUGGCUUACACUCACGUCUUCAAGCGGUCGAAGUGGAACUCCAGGAUCUCAGUGAAGAGAAACCGGAAGAGGUGCAGGCCCUGAAGGAAAAAAUCUCUCGGACCCAGGAACUGCAUACACACCUUUCCAAACAAGCUGAGGACAGGACGGGCUUUCUCAACAAGAUACGUGGUUGGCUGCAGGAGCAGGAUGAGAUGGUGAAAGGAUCUCAGAGCUGGAUUACUGAAUCUCAGUCAUGGUUGACUUUGCCAUAUACGUAUACUACAGCGAAAUGUCUGGACAGCCAUGUUAAUGCUCUACAGAUGGUCCUUGACGACUCGGCGCAGAUUCGCCAGACUUUACAGGGGUUUGAGUGUGUGUUGAAGGAGAUGGCUAGUGUGUGUGAUGUGAGCGAGCUUCAGAAAGAGCUGCUUGAAGCAGACCAGCGUGUAGCGGACAUGCAGAGCAGCCUGCUGGAGCCUCUGAAAACGUUAGAGCAUGCUGCAGCUGAAGUGGAUGCCAUGGAGUCUGAGGUCAGGAUCAUGGAAAACGACGUGACUGAUCUCAGACCAGCACUCACCUCAAAGCAAGGCAUCAGCCAAGACAAAUUUAGGGCUGCAAUAAACAGGAUUGAGCUGAUGAAGAGGACAGUAGAUGAGCUGAAGAGCUGCAAGACUGGACUUCGUUUGCCAGAAGGAGCAGAAAGCACACUCACUGUGUUCAGUCGUGCUGACUUACUACUGAAUAAACUAUUGGAGCUAGAGCAGUUGGCAUUGGAGCACACUGUUGUGGUAUCAGAGCCAUGCGAGAUUUCCUCCACACUCCGCGUUCCUCCCACUAUUGUAGAAGAAGAACCUCAGGACAGUGUUUUGGAGCAGGGGCAGGUGGAGAUUGUCCGCGUGACGGACGAUGUGUUGACACGAUCCGGAGCUGUUCUGAUGAGUAUAAAAGAAGCAACACUUGAACAAAAAGUUGAAUCAUCAGUUCAUACACAGAAGCUAGGGCAUGAGGAAGAGGAGGAGGAAAUAUAUGUGGACUUAAGAGAAGACACUGAUGAUGAUGAUUUCUAUGAAGAUGCAAGAGAUGAUUAUGAAGGGAUGAGAGGACCUCCUAGUGCUGCAGGCUGUGAGAGAGUGAUGAGUUGUAACAAGGAGGACACCGAGAGCGGAGAAACAGCUCCUGCUGACUCGACAGAGCAGGAAAGGAGAGAAUCAGAUGCAGAGGCAGCUGAAAGCGAGCUUGUUGCCCCCCUGGAAUCGGGCGACCCUGAAGCUGCAUCUAUACCAGAAGCCUCUGUGAGAACCCAAUCUCCCCCCAGAGAGCUGGUAACCAAUACCCCAUUCGUUAAAGAACGCUCCACGUCUCCUUCCGGAGGCCAGCAGAAGUGUGUUGCAGCUGAAAGCGAGCUUGUUGCCCCCCUGGAAUCGGGCGACCCUGAAGCUGCAUCUAUACCAGAAGCCUCUGAACGGGGUGCAUGGAAGGGGAAGCAAAUCGAGUCAGAGAGGCUGAAGACACAUACCAGCAGCACACAAUCUAGGUUUAGAAAGUUUACACACACUCAUGUAGAAACCACAGACUCUCAGGGAACCGUAACUCCAUUCCAGGUCAUGAACAGUUCAGCCGGAGAGCCGUUCAGACGAGAAGAGUUAAAGUCUCCGGGCUCAGCCUCCAAAGACAAACACAGUGUUAUAGUGUCAGAUCAGGGACCACAUGCGCCAGUCCUUUCUGCAGCGACAUAUACAAACCGUCGUGAGAGAACGACGGAGGACUUGGCUGAAGUUAAACCCUGGCACUUGGGUGAAACUCCCCCCCUAGACGGAUCGCUCCUUUCCUGCCAUGAACGAGCUGCACAGAUGGAGCUCUGGCUGGAAAAGGCCCAGCUGACUCUACACAGCAGCAUGCAGCAAAGUGUUGAGGAACAGCUGCACACCUGCCAGGAGAUGUUUGUGGAGAUUGAGCAAAAGGUGGCCAGUGUGUCUUCAACAGGGCAUGAAGACGAGCAGAAAUCACUCAGCGCUAAACUGCAGCUCCUGAAGAACAAGCUGGUGACAUUUCAACUCCUGCUGCAGGAGAGGCACAGUGAGGAGAAGGUGUGUGCUGAGAGAGAGCGCCCCCCGCAGACUCGGCUAAAGCGCAGCAACAGCGUUCAAGAGAUGAUGAGCUUGAACAGGGCCAAACUCUUUAGACAGAGUAGCCUGCAACAGCAGAGGGAGUUAGAGCAGGGUCUGAUUGAGCAGAGAGAUCUGACAAAGAUCAUUGCAGCACAGGGAAUCAGAGUCAGACUGCAAAGUCAAAGUGCAGAGGAGAAUCCGAGGCUGCUUACUCCUGCAGCACCGAUGAUGGUGGAGGGGCAAAGACAGGAAAGGGUGGAGUCAGUUCACAAGAAGUGGACUCACCUCCACAGGAGACUCAGCCAGAAAGCAGGAGAGCAGCAGGAAGAGGAGACAUCUCCUCCACCUGUGUGUGUAUGGAACAAUGCUGACGGAGCUGCAUGUCUACGGGAGCUUGAGUCCCACAUCACACACCUGCGAGAGCUGGGGGGGACAGCAACAUCAACAACUCCUAGUGAUGUGCAGGUGACAGAUGAGGGUUUGUUUGAGGUGUUGAGUAGAAUUACAAUUUCUCUCUCCAGUCUCUCUCACACACUUGUCUCACAGGCAGGAGCCACACACACCGACUCUCAAAUACAACUGCAGCAGCUACAGAGUUUCUCUGCAGAGCUCAGCACUUUGAGUGCAGAGUUAACCACUCAGAGGUCAGAGGUCAUCAGGUCAUUAGGCUCCGUGGUUCCUACAGCCGGUGUGUGUGUGGAUCUGCUGCAAGAACGUGUGUGUGAGAUCCAGACUGUUCUCUCAGAAAAACAGACCCAGCUGAAAGACACUCUGCAGAGACAGAACAGGAUAGAACACAUGCAUGCUGCCUUGCUUGCUAACACCUCAAACAUGAAAACACUAACUACUGAUGAUUCACGCUGUGACCUUCAUGCACAUCGACAGGCCGUUGCCGGGUUUCAGCUCGAGCUUCAGAAGCGAGAGAGCGAGCUAGCCGAGCUGAGAGACGAGACGGAGAAACAGGAACGAGCGACUGGGUUAACGCUAGAUAUCACCAGGCUGGAGAGUAUGUACAGCAGUGUGUGUCAGCAUGUUGCUGAUUUGCAGUGCAGUGUGGAGCAGCAGCAGCAAUGUGAGCGUGUACUGAAAGGCCUUCAGAACCUGCUGGAAUUUGGCAAACAGAGACUUUCAUGCACAACAGAGCCGGAGCCACACACCACGGAACAGCUACACAAACUUCUCAGCACACACACGAAGUUCUUCCUGUCUCUCGGCUCUCACUUGCAAGCUCUGCAGCGUUCCACAUCCCGGAUGCCCGAUGGCAUCUAUUGCAGGUGGGACACAGCGGUGGCAGAGGUGGAGGACCAGGUGAAUGAGCUUCAGUGUGAGGCUCUGAAGACAGGAACUGCUUUGCAGCUGAUACUACAGAUGUGGACUCAGUGGGACGAGAAUCAGUCCUGGUUGAAGAAACUGCUCCAAAACCUGGAGCGUCAGCUUUCCAGCGUGCAUUUAGAGGAGCAGACAGAGGAGGCGCUGCAGAGAUGUCUUUCGGCAUAUAAAACGUUGCAGGCAACCCUGGAGGCAAAUAGUGCCCAGAUUGGACUGGUUUUAGAUCAUGCCAGCAGACUGCGAGAAGUGGAUGUGACUGGUCACUUGAUGUAUAGUCUUGUGUACAGAGUGGGUGUGGCUACUCUGAGGCUAAAACAGUGUUUAGCCACUCUGCAACGGAAAAUGGAAAAUGGACUGGACUCCACACACUACCUGAUAAAACUCUGGAAGAGGUAUCAUCGUGACUCUACUGCGAUGACAGAGUGGAUGAAUAAAGCCAGAGAACGUCUGCACAGCUGGAAAGUUCACACGAUGACCUCUGGACAAGCCAUCGCCAACUUCCAUGAGUUUAUUGAGCUGUGUAAAGAGCUAGAGAUAAAAUCAUCUCUGAAAGCUUCACUGAUCAGCACUGGCACUGAGAUCCUGCAGAUCAGUGAGAGAGAACACACAGACACAAACUCACCCUCAUCAAGAUCCACUCAUCAUAACUCUCAGUCAGAAGAAAACACUAUUCAGGCAGAUGUUUUUACAUUAAAGGAUGUUUCCAGUGCUGAAGAUAAGAAAGAAGAGUCCUCAAACUGUGGAGCUCACACUCUUGAAAACAUUCACACUGAUAUAUGUAAGGGAGAAGAUACUAGCGUCCAAGAUGAGUCUCCUGCUGAAAAGUCACCACUGAAAGCGUCCACAAAGGUGUCAGAAAAACUCCUGACCAGCAGCAGCACUAAUGUGGUUCAUGUGAUGGUGAUGUCUCCUGUCCUGCUUGCUCUGAAAGAUCACCUGAAAGAAGUGGAGUGGAGUUGGGUGGAGUUGCAUGCAGAUGUCAAUGCAGUACAACAAAAGCUGCAUCAGGGUGUUGUGGAGAGUGUAUGUCCUCAGUCCCUGCUCUCAGAGGUGUGCAAAUGGCUUGAUGGAGCUGAAGCAUGCCUAAGGGAUGCAGAGGAAAAUGCUAAAUUAUCAAACACAGCAGUACAGCUCACACGUCAACUGAACACAUACAAGGAGCUGAAACGAGCACAGGUGUGUGUGCAGAUGUCAGUGGACUACCUAAACCAGAUGGUGCUAAAACACACCGAGCCACACCUCAGAUGCAAAAUAACAGCAUUCGCUGAACAGCUGGGGGAGAUGAACCUACGCUGGUCAAUGCUGCAAACAAACCUGUACACACAGAUGCAGCACGUCGAGGAAAAGCUGAGCAGCUGCGCAGACCGAGAAAGCAAACUCCGCCUUCUGCGUGCCUGGGUCAAAGGUCGUGAGGCAUGGAUGCAGCUGGCUGGGAGGCCUGUCAGUCACAGAGCAGCAGAAAAGCACCUGAAAGAGUGCGAGGAUUUGGAGGAGGAGCUGAAGGGAAGAUCUGUUAAGCUGAAUGAGCUAAGAAAGAGCGAUGAUGAACACACACAGUCAGGCUUCAUCAUUUACAUUAAUGCCAUCUCCCAGUCUUUGACUGCUUUAACUGAACAGAACUGCACUCUGAAACAAACUCUGCAGCACGUGUGCGAGGCAUGGUCCGCAUUCGAUUGUGGGUGGGGUCAAGUUUCUCAGAGCACCGUUAGAAUAUGUCUGUCCUUAGAACACUGCCACGCCCCUUACACCUCCAUCACAGCGCUCCAAAAGAGCAUCGAUAAGCUACAGGCGCUGCAACUUGAAGCUGAGGAAGCGGACCAAAAGUGGGAGGAGCUUAACCACACAUUCUCCCAUCUUGUUGGUUUGAUCCAUACGGACACCUCAUAUUUAUUAUCUAAACAGCUGGAGAAGGAGAGGUUACGGUGGUCUGAGGUGAAGCAAGACCAUUCACACACCUCAGUGAGGUUACACACUCUUCUGCAGUCAUGGAAACAGUACUCUGAUUUGUCGUGUUCCUGCUCAGAGAAGCUACAGCAGGAGAAGGAGCAGCUCUCUCACAUCUUGAAGACGGCAAUCGAGCAUGACAGCGACACAGAAACACUUACAGCUUGUAUACAGCAUUUACACGACCUGCUGGAGAACACUCACUCUCUCCAAACAGACUCGCACCGAACACUCGAAGCUUCAAAAGAGUUGAUUGGGCAGAUGGAAUCGACAGCAGCUGCCCUUAUCCAAUCAGAGUGUCGCAUGCUGACACGUGGGCUUCAUCAGAUUGAGCAGGCAGUGAAGUGGAAGCUGGAAGAGAUACAGGAGGAUGUCAAGCAGCUUCAGGAUUUCGAACAGGUACUGCAUUCACUGGAGACAUGCUUACAGGAGUGGACGAGGCACCAGAAAGACACUCAAGAAACAGACAUAUCAAAGUGUGAUCUGCUGGAAUUGAGCCGUCGUUCGGCUGACGUGGAAAUGUUGAAUAAACUCAGUUACAGACUGACCCUGAGUGACCCCAUGACCCAGAGACUGCAGAGUCUGAACAGGAAGUGGGCUCAAGCGUCUGCCCAUGCUCAGGAGAGAUGCAGUGAGUUACAGGCCGUGUCUCUCCAGCAGCAGGUGUUUGAGAAGAGGUGUGAGACGUGGAUGUGUUUCCUCCAGAGAAUGGAGGACAGUUUAGCGGGAGAGAUCGCAUCCACUUACCCCGGUCUCCAAGAGCAACUACGCUCACACCAGAGGUUCCAGGCUGAGUUGGCUCUUGGUCAUCAGAUUCUACACUCUGUGAUCACAGAAGCUCUGCACCUGCUACAAAGGGGGGAGGUGGAGGACAGGAGUGAUUUCCUGUUAAAGUUGACUCAGCUCAGAGAGCAUUGGCAGGGUGCUCUACAGAGAGUGGCUCAGCGGCGCAACCUGGUGGACGGGCUGAUACACAACUGGCACCUUUAUACGCACACUCUGCGCAAACUCAAUAAGCUGCUCACCCUCACGCACACACUUCUGUCUCCGACCAGCCUCACACACUACAGUGUGACGCAGCUCCGACGUUCACUUAAACAGCUUGAGCACACUGAUCUGCUCUUCCAAAGGUCCCUCUCUUCAUACUUGCUCCUGUUGGAUGUGGGUCGACAGCUCUUCUCCGUCAGUGAUGAGCAAACACAGACAAGGUUACAGAAGGACCUCGCCACUCUACAGGAGGACUGGGAAUGCUCCCAAUGCAUGCUGGAAAAGAGGAGGGCUCUCACUUCUGACAUCAUCAAGACGUGGGAGAGCUGUACGGGCCGGCUAGACGAACUGUCAAAGCGUCUAGAAGAGCUCAAAAUUAGAAUGGAAAAGCAGGGGAUGGAGGAAGAGCUGAUUAAGAAGCUUCAGGACUCUCUGGAGGACUGGGCUGUGAGUCUGUGUGAAGCCAGCAGCAUGAAGACCGAUGUGUCUCAAUACAUCCUCAACGAGGACGUGCUGAUGCUGCGAGAGCAAGAGGAGCAUCUGCACAGCCAGUGGGAGGAACUAUGCCUUAAGGUGUCGUCACGUAAGCAGGAGAUUGCUGACCGGCUGAACGCUUGGAUAAUCUUCAAUGAGAAGAACAGGGAGCUGUGUGAGUGGCUUACGCAGAUGGAGAACAAGAUGACGCAAAGCGCUGAGCUCAGCAUUGAGGAGAUGGUAGAGAAGCUGAAAAAGGACUGCAUGGAGGAAAUCAACCUGUUCAGUGAGAACAAGACUCACCUGAAGCAGCUUGGAGAGCAGCUCAUCACAGCCAGCAACAAGACCAAGGAGAGCGAGAUCAACGACAAAAUCAAAGGCAUCAACGAACGCUGGCAGCACCUGUUUAACCACAUAGAGGCCAGGGUGAGGAAGCUGAAGGAGACUCUGGUGAUGGUGCAGCAGCUGGACAAGAACAUGAGCAACCUGCGCACGUGGCUCUCACGUAUAGAGGGGGAGCUCACCAAACCCAUCGUGUUCGGUGUGUGCCACGGCGAUGAAAUCCAGUGCAAACUCACCGAACAACAGGAGCUGCAGAAGGACAUUGAGCAGCACACGGAGGGCGUGGCAUCUGUGCUUACGCUGUGCGACAUGUUGCUGCACGACGCUGAUGCCUGUAGCGGUGAUAUUGAGAACGACUCCAUCCAGCAGACCACACACAGCCUGGACCGUCGUUGGAGAAACAUCUGCGCUUUAUCCAUGGAGAGGAGAAUGAGGAUCGAGGAGACGUGGCGCCUCUGGUGUAAGUUUCUAGAUGAUUACUCGCAUUUCGAGGACUGGCUGAGCAUGGCAGAGCGUACUGCGGCGAACCCGGCCAGCACCGACGUCCUCUACACAUGCGCUAAGGAGGAGCUUAAAAAGUUUGAGGCAUUCCAGAGGCAGGUCCACGAGCGUCUGACACAGCUGGAGCUGGUGAAUAAGCAGUACCGCCGCCUGGCCCGAGAGAACCGCACAGACACGGCCUGCAAACUGAAGACGAUGGUGAACGAGGGGAACCAGCGCUGGGACGAGCUGCACAGGAGAGUCAGCGCCAUCAUCCGCAGACUCAAGCACUUCACUGCUCAGAGGGAGGAGUUUGAGGGAACAAGGGACGCGGUUCUGGUGUGGCUCACCGAGAUGGACCUGCAGCUCACCAACGUCGAGCACUUCUCUGAAAGUGACAUCCACGACAAGAUGAGACAACUCAAAGCGUUCCAGCAGGAGAUCAUGCUGAACACAAAUAAGAUCGAUUCUCUGAUUGUGUUUGGAGAGAAACUGAUACAGAAGAGCUGCCCGCUGGAUGCCGUGCUAAUCGAGGAUGAGCUGGAGGAGAUGCACUCUUACUGUCAGGAGGUGUUCAGCAGAGUCGCACGCUUUCAUCAUCGCCUCGUCAGCACCCAUCCGGUCAGGGAAGACGAGCACGAUUUUUCAGAUAGAGAGCAGGAUAUAGAGGACUCGUUAGAGCUGAGCGGCGUGUGGGACAGGGACGUUGACACAGAGGAGGCUGUGACACCGUUAUCUGCCCAGCCCUCAGCGUGUUUCCUCCUCCCUCACCCAUUCGAGCCAUCGGGCCGAGAGUCACCGGCCAGUGUAGACUCCAUACCGCUCGAGUGGGACCACACAGUGGACGUGGGCGGAUCUUCAUCGCCCGAGGACGAAGAUGAGGCUACGUAUUACAGCGCCCUCUCAGAUGUCCAGGUCACUGAGAGCUCUGAGUCCUUUAUUAAAGCUACAGAUCGAGCUCUGAAUGCUGCAGCUGUGACGGAGCCCAGCUGGCAGGACAGGAAACGCAUGUUCCACAGCCUGACCUCCAGCCCUACACACAUCAGUGGUGCUUACCAUCCUGAGGGAUAUGCUAAGCUGAUGUCUGAGUGCACAGAGAACAUAGACAACGUGAAGCGAGUCAAACACAUACUGAACGAUGACGAGUCAUUCGAAGGCCUGACCAUACUGUCAUCUGCAGACAAACAGACAGGAGUGAUUGAGAGGUGGGAGCUUCUCCAGGCUCGACCCCAGUACAACAUCAAGGAUCUGGGCAUUCAGCAAGAUCACCACAGGUUGACUUCUGACCUCAGAGAAAUCACAACCUGGCUGGACUCUGUGCUUCCUGAACUGGAGAGGUUAGAGAGAGGAAACGAGCACCCGAGCAUUAAAGACAUGAAGAACAGCAUCUGCAAGCUCAAGGCAAGCCAAAGGACAUUGGGCAGCUACAAGGCUCGUAUGAUUGAGGUGAACCUGACAGGGCAACAACUCUUGCUAGAAGAAGGGGCGCAGGUGCAAGAACUGAAGUCAGAGCUUCAGGCCGCCAAUCAGAAAUGGACGCAGGCCUGUGGUGUUCUGGACACUUGGGAGAACCAGCUGCACCUUGAGCUCUUGCAGUGUCAGGAAUUCCACGAGACUCUGCACUCUCUCUUGCUGUGGCUAGCUCGAGCCGAGAGUCAGCGCUACAUGGUGAACAUUCAUGACCUCAGCGUGGAUGCUCAUGUACUGCAGGAGCACAGAGAUGUACUGAAGGCAGUCCAGUGUGCGCUCCUGGGCCGAGAGGAAGAGGUGCAGUCACUGCAGCAGAUUUCCUCCCACAUCCUUCAUGCAGAGCAGGGUGAAGAGAGCAUGGAGGCCAAGGAGAAGGUGCAUGUCAUUAACAACAAGCUCCGCCUUCUUCUCAGACAGAUCAGCCAUGACCUCAACAUACUUGAGUCCAGAUUGGACUCGGGAGCUGUGGAGACAAGACCUUCUGUACAGGCAAAGGAUGUUUCUCCAGGCCGGCCGUUUCUAUACCGGGUUCUGCGAGCUGCAUUUCCUCUACACCUGCUCUUCCUGCUGCUGUUGGUGCUGGCUUGCUUGGUGCCCACAUCCGAGUAUGAUUACAGCUGUGCCCUGUCCAAUAACUUUGCCCGCUCCUUCUACCCCAUGCUGCGUUACACCAAUGGCCCUCCUCCCACAUAAGCAACCAAUCCAAACACAAUUUUGUGACUGUCAAUGUGAAAAUACACACAAAAAAAAUGCAAACUACACAUUGUCUAGUUAUAAAUCAGUUUUACAUAAUUAAAUAUUUUAUAUUUACAUACAAUACUUGUAAAAUGGCUUGGGGUGUGUGCUGAGCUCCAGCUGUGUGUAUUUUUUAUUAGAAAAAACUCAAGUGGAGUUUUGUGUUUUAAUGUGUGUAUAAAAACCACUACUGACAGUGUGAAGUGUUGAUGAGCGAUAUUAGAUUGUGUAUGGGUUGUAUUUUGUCUUUACAACUGCUGGACUACCAAACGUUGAUGUUCUAUAGAUAUUUAACAAUGAAAAUAAUUAUAUUUUAUUUAUUUCCCCUAAUAGACUGUCUGGCACCUAAUGAUAGCCACAGUACAGACGAGAAUGAACAGUGUGUACAGAUUUAACUAUUUAUGGUUAUGAUAAAGUUUAAAGUCAAAUUGUAUUUCUUGACAAAUAAAGUUGUUUGCCUUUUAUCUAACAGGCUGACGAGAACGUUUAAGCGUGCCACUGACGACUACAGCGAUUUUACAACCCCAUAAAUUACGCAUCGACACAUUUUAUACAGGUCGUUGUUCAGUUAUUUACACAUUUUUCCCUUUUAUCAGCAGAAUGGUGUUGAGACAGAAUGCACACGGAUAGAAAUCACAUAUAAACACUUCCGCAUUUAAGACCUGAAUACACAUUUUUUUUUUACUAAUUUGUUAACCAUAGUUAAAUAGUGCAACAUGUAAACCAUGAUCCUAUUUAUCGCUUUACCACGUGGUUCAGAAGUUAGAUGAUGCACUAGUGCAAAUAUUGCAUUGCUCAUCAGUCAUAAACUACAGUCUCUAGGCAUGCAACAUUUUACGUAAGUAUAUGCAUUGCAUAAAACACAUUUGAACCUUUAAGAGGUUUUUGCUUAAAAGUGUUAAUUUCGGUAAACACCAAAAAAAAAAAAAAAAAAAAAAUGGCUGCAGUAUUGCAAUUCUACAUAUUUGGCUACUUUUUUCUGCUCAGAAGCUCUAACAGAAAUAUCAAAUAAUGGGCAAAAAUCCUCACUCUAACGUGGACUACUGAUAAAAAGGAGAAUCAGAGCAUGCUACAUUAAAUUUCAUUUUAAAACGAUAUAGAACCAGUUAAAUAGUUAUAAAGCCUAAAUUAUGAAACUUUUUUUUUUAAACCGACCCAUCAGUCAGAUUAAGGCUGAGUGUAAAAGUCACCACACUGCCGAAGCAAAAUCAGGCUAGAGUAUCCAGGCCUUAAACAUUUUGCAUGCUCCUGUCAAAGUUUGGCAAAAAAAAAAAAACAUUUAAGAAACAGCAAAAAUGUAAUGACUGCACAUCAUUGCAUUCAGUAUUUUUGUAGUUUCUAAACAAGUUCGGUAAUACAGUCAGGUUAUUUACAGCGGAUGAGACGGUGGCACAAACAGCAGAUUUGGUGUUGAGAUUUCUGGACCUUGGCUUUAAAAAUCUACAAAAAAGUUCUUUGUUUUAUAAAUGUUGUUUGUGGUCUGUUGGGUGAAACUGGAAAAGUCGCGUUACCUCAGCUGUCAUGUCAGUAUAAAGUCCAGGGCAUUUCAUAAACGAAGGCGCUUGGGCAGAUCCGUUGCGUAGUUUGCGUCACACACUCCUGAUCCUUUUGUGGAGGAAAGGAACAGAAAAUAACCUGCUCAUAUUUAGUACCAUUUAACAUCUCUCUCAGUUCAGAGGAACGUAGCACCGAAGAGUAAAAGAGGAAGGGAUGGAGGGAUGAGUAGUGCAAAAUAAAAAAAAAACACAGAAUGUAGUUAUUUGGACUGUAGUGUAAUAUACUGCAUUUUCUGUACUACCAGAUACACCCAAAUAAAAACUUCACUCUAAAAUGUU